CUUGAUUUAUUGAUGAUCUUUACCUAACCACGUGGAACAUAGUGUGCAGAAUUAUGUGUGAAGAAUGUCUCUUGAAGCAAUCAAGUACAAUGGACACAAGCUGCAGAUCUUGAAUCAAUUGCUUCUACCAUUCCAGUCAGUGUAUGAGGAGAUCAGUGGCCACCAAAAUGCUUGGGAUGCAAUACGUUCCAUGAAGGUCCGAGGUGCUCCUGCUAUUGCUAUUGUGGGCACUUUGAGUGUUGCACUGGAGCUGAAGGACCAGGACUUCCAAGAUGGGGAGUCGGGACGGCAGGCUUUGUUGAGCAAUGUCACCUCAAUGUUUGAACAUCUAAAGACAGCUCGUCCUACUGCUGUGAACAUAGCAGAAGCAGCUGACAGAUUCAUUAAUAGGACAUCUGAACUGCUAAAGAAAUUGUUGGACAAUAAGACAAAUGGCAUACGAGAUAUUCUAAUUCUUGAGAUGGAGCGUAUGCUCCCUGACGAUAUUGCUACAAAUAAAGCCAUUGGAAAACACGGUGCACAGCGUAUCCUGGAACAUUGCAAAAAUGAUAGAGCGACUAUACUUACGCAUUGUAAUACGGGAUCCCUAGCUACCGCUGGUUAUGGUACCGCAUUAGGCGUUGUGCGAGUGUUACACGAGACAGGAAGAUUGGAGCAUGUCUACUGCACGGAGACAAGGCCGUACAAUCAAGGAGCUAGACUGACAGCUUACGAACUAGUACAAGACCAAUUACCGGGGACGUUGGUGUGCGAUUCCAUGGGUGCAUUACUUAUGAAGGAACGAAAGAUAUCUGCUGUUGUUGUUGGAGCUGAUAGAGUCGUUUCCAAUGGAGAUACUGCUAAUAAAAUAGGGACUUAUCAGCUGGCGAUUGCAGCCAAGUACCACAAUAUUCCAUUCUACAUUGCUUCUCCACUCAAGACUAUAGAUUUUAGACUGAAAUCUGGUGAUCAGAUUACGAUUGAGGAGAGACCAGCCAAUGAGAUGGUGUGUUUGGGUGGGCAGAGGAUUGCUGCUGAUGGUAUUGGAGUAUGGAACCCUGCAUUUGACGUUACCCCGGCUGAACUGAUUACUGGUGGCAUCAUUACCGAGAAGGGUGUGUGUGCUGCUAACUGUCUCAAGUUUCUGCAAUGUUAAUUGUAUAGAUUUUUGUUUUGCCCACAAGUUGUUGGGUGUGGGGCACACGGCAUUAGAAGUUGGCAAGGAAAUGGAAUGUAGAUUUAACCACAACUAUUAUAGUCCCCUCUAGUACAAAAGAGGCUCUCAGUGGUAUUGUUGGAAUGUAUGGAUUUACUAUUGUUUAUACAACCGUC